AUGCCUGCCACCACGGCGGACACCUUAUCCCUCGUCAACCGCAGCGUCACGGUUGCCCCGUUAGUCUUGCUCUCUGUCGCCGAUCACUACGGACGGACAGCCAAGGGUACUCGGAAGCGUGUAGUUGGUGUACUGCUGGGUGAAAACAUCGGCAACAAAGUGCGGGUAUCCAACAGUUUCGCAGUACCAUUCGAGGAAGAUGAGAAGGACCCAUCUGUCUGGUUCCUAGACCACAAUUUCGUCGAGUCGAUGAGAGAUAUGUUCAAGAAGAUCAAUGCCCGUGAGAAGCUUGUCGGCUGGUACCACUCUGGCCCCAAGCUACGCGCCUCAGAUCUUGAAAUCAAUGAACUCUUCAAGAAAUACACCCCCAAUCCCUUGUUGGUCAUUGUAGAUGUUCAGCCCAAGGAAGUUGGCGUUCCUACAGAUGCUUACUUUGCUGUUGAUGAGAUCAAGGAUGAUGGUACCACAACCUCAAAGACCUUUGUGCAUACCCCAUCGAUAAUCGAGGCCGAAGAAGCGGAAGAAAUUGGCGUGGAACACCUUCUCCGGGAUAUCAGAGAUGUCGCAGUCGGCACACUCUCUACACGAAUCACCUCACAGCUGCAGUCAUUGCAAGGGUUGCACCUGCGACUACGCGAUAUCGGACAAUAUCUUCAGAAAGUCCUCGACCACGAGCUCCCAGUGAACCACGCCAUCCUGGGAAACCUCCAGGACGUCUUCAACCUUCUUCCCAACCUGUCGACCCCAGCCCAGACACCAGGAAUCAGCGGCCAGGAGACACAGAUUGAGAACAGCGAGCUUGCUCGGGCUAUGAGUGUGAAGACUAACGACCAGCUCAUGGCCAUUUACAUCAGCAGCUUAAUCCGUGCUAUCACUGCAUUCCACGACCUGAUCGAGAACAAGAUUCAAAACAGGCAGCAACAGGAGGAGACAGACUCGAAGCGGGAGCAAGAAGGCAAGGGUGAUAAGGAUGCCAAGAAGGUCAAUGGAUCGACCAAUGGCGACCAGAAGGAGGAACAGGACAGCUCCGACAAGAGCAAGAAGAAGAGCUAA